AUGAAUCAGGAAUCAUGGACUGAUCCUAAAGAAGCGAUUGUUAAUCCAGAUGUAUUAGCAAGUAUGAUUCAACAAUUUAAAGAACAUCCGGAUUAUAGUGAAAACAAAGGUGACAAUGGCUCGCCAAUUAUAUCAGGAGAACAUCAAGAAGUAGCCAGAGAUGAAACACCAAACAAACGUAGACGAAAUCUAAUUGAUGGUGAUUUUAGUAAUAUACAAAGUCCGAAAAAUCGCCGCAUUCGUGGUAGUUUUGGAAGUAAAGACCAAGGUGUUCGUGGACCCAUGGUGAUACACAAUCAAACCUAUGUCCAUCGGAAUGAACCAAAUAUAAACAAGAACAAUAAUCAACAUCACAAACAACACUCAGCGAGUUUAAAUAAUACAAAAAAUAAUAAUAUAAAUGAAGAUUUUUAUCACUAUAAAAUAAAUGAUCAAUCAUUAACAUAUUCUGUUGAUACACAUUUACCACCAAUUAUAUUUGAAUGUCGACCAAAAAUAAAGGAAAAAGAUGCAGCUAAGAAACUGGUUAUGUUGUUUUUCAAAGAAAUCGAAAAAGAUUUUCGACAGAAACAUCCUAAUCAUAGAAGAGCUAUUGGUUUUGAUCAUUGGUGGCAAGACUCAGAUGAUGCUCGUAUAUUAGGUGAAAUUAAGGAUGUUGAUUUAUUUAUUUACUUAUGUGAUGCAAAGAGAUAUCCAAAACAACUAAACAAUGUUAAUAUUCUUCCGGAUCCACCAAAACGUCUACCACCGCGAAAUACUGUUGUAGUUAAAUUUGUGAAAAAUGAUAUUGACAUUGAUGAAUUUCGUCUUGAUAUAAAGGAACGAUACAAAUCUAUCUUUACGGUUGAGAAUAUGAUGGGUGCUAUGCGAUCCAACAGCAGGCACAUUAGGAUGGACUUUAGCGAUAUAAACGAUUAUGAAUCAAUACUUAAUAGUGGUGUGAUAAGCAUACAAGGUCAGCUUUAUGAUGUAGAUGAAUAUUUACCUGCUCCCAAAAUUCUUAUAUGUUCGAAAUGUAAUGAACCAGGGCACAUUAAAAAACAAUGUCUUUUGUCUAUUGAGAAAUGCAGAAGAUGUGGUGGUGAUAGAAACGAUGGUAGUGAUCAUAAAAUAUGUUUAAUUAAAUGUCAACAUUGUGGAAAUAAGGAACAUUGUUCAAAUGAUUAUCGAUGCCCUUCUCUUCUCGAUUUUCGUCGUCAAAUUGUAGCUGAACUUCGUAGAAGACCUGAUUGCUUGCCUCCGCAAGUUCAAUUUUUUAUACCAGUUGACUGUCGUCCGAAAGGUAACUAUACUCGAAAAUUGAUCAAUCCGACUACUGAACAUCAACAACGAAAAUUUACACCCCAAUUAAAUAUAAAUUCAAUGAAUGAAUGGCCGGAACUGCCUGUCAGACACUUCAACACUGAACAAAUAGUCAACUCAACUGUAAAAGAAUUAGCAGAAUUAAAACAAAAAUAUAUUGAAGAUCAACAGAAAAUUGAACAACGUUUCCAUGAACAACUUAAGAGUAUUCAACAUGGCUGGACAGCUAUUCAAAACCAAGUAUUAACUCAAAACGAAAUGAUCACAACAGCAUGUAAUAUUAUUGAAGAUAUUUUAUUUGAUUCUUGUCAAACCAUAAACAAUAUGGUUGGAAAUAUAGUAAAUGAAAUUAGAAUUAAGUCUACAACAGAAGAAGAACAGAAAAAUUUUUUAAUAAUUGAAGAACAUCUUAAACUUAUGACAACAAAGUUAAUCGACAAGAAACAAGCCUACAAUCAAUUUCAAGAACAAUUAAAAAUAUUAAUGUUCCAACAACGAACUGCUGCAACAUCGAUAAUGAACUCAUUAUUUUCAAAAACGAAUGUAUAA